UGAAAAUUUCACGCGAUGUAAUCGGAUGUGUUCUUGGGUGUUCCCCACUUGAAACUAUUGCUCAGCCACAAUAAACUGUUUACAAGUCGACCGAAGACGUAACCGAUACAUUAACAUAAAGUCAGCGCAUGCUAGUGUUUAAUUUAAAAGAAUUUUGACCGGCGCUAUAUACCAUUGGUCAAUAAUUGCUUUGAAAUUAUUAUUAAACUAGCCAGUUUCAAGGUAUUUGACGAGUCGUAUCAUAUGUAUGAUUGUUUCGAAUAAGACGUAGUUGUCGAUAUGAUAAAUUAUUCUCCCACCACCGUCGCCAUAUUUCUGUGUCUUUUAUGUUGGACGCAAGGUCAAAAUGAGGAUUUAGACUCUUUAAUAAAAUCAGUUUUUAACGUUAAAAAUCAAUCAACUACUACUUCGACAUUAAAACCAGUAACUUCGGCUCAAGGUGUUGAUUUACAACCGGUGGAAAGUCACGGUGGAGAUGCGGGAGAAACGGGAGAUUGCGUUUGCGUACAGUAUUUUCUAUGUAAAAAUGGUACUGUGAAUACCAACGGAGAAGGUGUGAUAGAUAUUAGAAUAAACGAAGGUCCAUGCGGUAACAACUACCUCGAAAUAUGCUGUAACAGAGACAACACCGUAACCGAACCGAUUACCCCCUCACCGUUGACUAACAAACCCCGAGGUUGCGGGUAUUUAAACACCGAAGGAGUGGGUUUCAGAAUAACCGGUGCGUCAGACGGCGAAGCUCAAUUCGGCGAAUUCCCCUACAUGGUAGCCAUCUUGCGAGAAGAAUCCGUCGAAGGGAAUCCGCUGGUACUGAAAGUUUAUCAAUGCGGAGGGGCUUUGAUUCAUCCCCGAGCCGUUAUAACAGCAGCGCAUUGCGUGACCGGUAAAAACAAGAUUUUCAAAGUGAGGGCUGGGGAAUGGGAUACCCAACACGACGAAGAACUCUACCCUUACCAAGACAGAGAAGUGGAAUCGAUACAAAUACACGAACAGUACUACGCCGGCGCUUUGUUCAACGAUAUCGCCAUAUUGUUUUUGAAAACGCCGGUGGAUGCCGCAGAUCACAUUUCGACUAUUUGUCUGCCUCCUCAGGACCACGUCGUGCGAUCCGGGGUGGGAUACGCCACCGGUUGGGGUAAAGAUCAAUUCGGGAAGAAAGGGAAAUAUCAAGUUAUAUUGAAGAAAAUCGAUCUGCCUGUCGUUGAUAACAAAAUGUGUCAGGAUAAAUUGAGAACGACUCGUCUGGGGAAGUAUUUCCAGUUGCACAAUAGUUUUAUGUGCGCUGGGGGUGAAAAGGGGAAAGAUACUUGUAAAGGAGACGGCGGUAGUCCUUUGAUAUUCCCCAUUGAUAACGAAACUGGGAGGUAUUAUCAAGCUGGGAUCGUUUCUUGGGGGAUAGGAUGCGGGGAGAACGGUACACCAGGGGUUUACGUUAACGUGGCCAAGUUUAGGAAUUGGAUAGACGAACAAAUGGUUAAACACGAUCUCGAUACUUCGACUUAUAAAUAUUAGAUAAUGAAAAUUUAAUAAAAUCUUUGUAAUAAAAUGGGUUGUGAAUUUUUAUGUGGUUUUAUUCAACGCUCAGAAACAUCGAGAUAACGA